AUGUUCAGCUUUGUCGAAACAAAAUGGGCCAAGGCCUUUGCCCUGACCGUCCUGUUGCAGGCCAUCAUCUGCCUGGCAUUUGAAGCAUACCUCUUUGCUGAGUUCGAGUCCAACGUCAUCCAGAACAAGGACAACAGCCAAAACAACUCCUUUUACCGCUCCAUCCCAACAUUCCUGACCCUCUUCAUUUUCGCCUUCUUGUACGAGCUGGUACUUGUGUGGGACGCUCUCCGCAUGAAAAACACGAUUCAGGUCAUUGGCAUCUGCAUUGCGAACCUGGCCUUCCUCAUCUACACGGCCAUCCAGACCGACCAGAUCAAUCUCGCCAUCAACUCACUGGCCGCCAUCGGCGCCAUCAACCCUGACAUUGGCAGUGUCGCGCUGAUGGCCCGUGUCCGGCCGUUCCUUAUUGCCAUUCCCAUCAUUAUUGGUGUUGCCACGGUCGUGAUGGGCUUCAUUGCAUGGAAGCUGUACCAGGAGUUUGCCUGGGACAUUCUCAAGCAGAUCGGCGCCGACUACCGCAUGAAGAAGCGCUUCCUCGCCUACCAGAUUUACAUUGCGCUGCUCAAGUUUGAUUUCUUCUUCUUCCUCGGAUUCACCGUCCAGUUCCUCGUUAUUGUCACAGGCAAGACCGACGUCGAAUUCGCCCUCACGGCCGCAGCCAUUCCCAUCACCAUCGCCAUCCUGCUGAUGGCGGCCUUCUUCACGCGUCAUGAAAUCAAGAUCGGCAUGGCCAUCAGCAUUGUCUUGUACAUGUGCGGCCUGGCUUGGUUCUUUUUCAAGCUCGUGCGCAUCUACGAGGCGGGCUACAAGCACAACUACACCGCCGUGCAAAAGUCACUGACGGCCUUUGCAGUGUUGACGAUUCUGCUCAUCGUCCUCACCAUUACCAACGCCUUUGUGUGCAUGCGCAACUUUGGCAGCGGCCUCAAGGCACACAUUCUCAAGCGCUCCGAUGGCGAGGAGAAGACGGCGCAGUACGACGUGAACUCCAUUGGCCUCAACGACAUGAAGGCCCCUCUUCCCAGCCGAAUGACCAUUGACUAA